GUCACGACUCAGAGGAAUUAGUGACAUUCUAGAGUUUUACUCAGUUACUCAUGUCGAGAGCUACAAGAAUUGAAUGAAAAUGGCAGAUAUUCUAAAUCUUACCGAUGAACAGCUUCCUGCUGUAAAUCCUUGGUUUAAUAUAGGGAACAAAUUAUGGGAUGAACCUGAACCCUUGGAAAACAACCAUGAAGUUCAUUUCCCCCUUAUGAGUAAAAACAUGCAGAAGGAGAAUCUGCUGCAGUUUAUUCAGUGGCAAAUACAGAAUAGUCAUAAAUGCAACCAAGUGGAAGAAUAUAUCUUCUGGCAGAUAAUGGAAUUGUUCUGCCAUCAAAAUGGAAAAGUGAUGAUGUGCGAAGUCGCCUUCCUCCUCUUGAAGGUCUACGACCUGCUUCAGAAGAAACCAGUUGAAGUCAGAAAUGUACAGACGUUGAAGGAGUGGUGCCUUCCUCUGGCUCGACUUUUGUGCUCCGCUGCACCGGAUGACAAGCAGAGAGAAGCCGUGAUUAAGAUGGGAGAUGAUCUCGCCUUCAGAAAACUGACGUUCGCAGCACAUAUCUGCUACGUGGUGGCGGAAGUGGAGCUGGGGUCACGUGGACAGUUCGAGUUGAUCGGCUGUGACAGAUUGCCAUAUGGUAUGUUAGCCUUGUUUGAACCCUUUCUGAGAACUGAGACAUACGAGUACGUGCUGUGGCUGACCUCAGGAAAAGCCCAGCCAAGCUUCCAGAUCUUCAAGUACUUACUGGCCAGCAGAAUGGCUUAUUUGUAUGCACCUGAAAGAGCCAUUAAAUACUGCGAGGUCAUCGCUAGAGCAGUCGUCACUUUCCCAGACAGAACGACAAGGAGUUUUACUGAACAGCUUGUUUUGCUGUCUUGCAAACUGCAAAACGAGGAUGCUGAGGAACCCGAGUGGCUGCUAGAGCUCAAGCAGCUGCACAGAACUAAAUUAGCAAGUGCUAAUGUUAGUGAUGACCCAGAGCAGCACAUGACAUCUACCAGUCAGACAUUCAGAGCUUCUGAGAUCCAGCAGUCAGAAGGUUGCUUGUUGAAUGAGAAUAUCUCUGAACUCCAGUGUCCUGAUUCGGAGCACUACGCCGACCUGGAAGCUUUGCUUUCGUUGCGGUACCAAUUGGGAGAGCUGCUGAGGAGCGGACACUUCGGCUUUGUUUACAAAGCGGUCCGGAUUGCAGAUAAGAAAAAGGUCGCUGUUAAGGUCGUCACUAAGUAUAUACCUCUUACAACUACGAAAAUGCCUGGAGUGUCGGAGGAACUGCCCACAGAGGUGGCGCUAAUGAUGAUGGCGUCCAAGCCGCCUGUCUGUAGCAACAUUGUGGAGCUACUGGAGUGGUUUGACAUGGGCAGUCAGUUCGUCAUGAUUCUGGAACGACCAAGCCCCUGUAUGGACCUCGUGGAAUUUCAAAAGCUUCAGAAAGGUUUCCUGUCUGAAUCACAGGCUCGAGACAUCAUGGUCCAGGUGAUUCGGGCGGCUCGUCACUGCCGUGACCGUGGGGUGUUUCACUGUGACAUUAGGGCUGAGAAUCUCAUCAUCAACCCUGAUACUUUGGAAGUCAAACUGAUUGACUUUGGCUGUGGGGAAUUACUGAAGGACACAACGUACAAAUAUUAUUACGGCACUAUGUACUUUGCACCUCCUGAGUGGCUGUAUGGUGAUAAGUACAUGGCCGUUCCUGCUACGAUCUGGGGUUUGGGCGUACUCCUGUUUCACUUGCUCACUGGAGAAUUCCCCUUCGAAGGACUACUUAGCUUAAAUUACGGCUACCUGAAAGUACCUCCUGACUUGUCGCCAGAGUGCUUCCACCUGCUAAUGUGGUGCCUGGAUGUAAACCCUGAAACGCGGCCAUCUUUCGAGCACCUGCUCAGGCACGAGUGGUUUACUGGGACAGUCCAGGACAAAGUCCAGAUUCCUCCUGAAACCACAGAUCUUGUGACACGCUGACAACACACACACACACACACACACACACACACACACACACACACACACAAACAAAAACUUAUGGACUUUAUUGAUAUUAUUGACUUAUUGAUUUUGCAGUUCUUGAAUUAGUUUGAAAAUGAAAACUGAAUCUGGAAAGUUAUAUUUGUUGAAUAUUCAAAUUUAAUUGAAUAUUAAAUCUUACACCUUUUAAUAAAAGAUACACACAAACAAAAACUCGGAAUAAAAACACACUUCAAACGGUCAGUCGACGUUUCGGACGGAGGAAGGAACUGCCCACAGCACACAGAGGUGGCGCUAACGAUGAUGCUUGUGCCAUGUGAUUUGUUACGUUUUGUUUACAACUUUUUCAUUUUGGUUGUUGAGGUUCGAUGAUGUUCUUGCAUAGACUUUGCUUCCAAUUUCUUCAGAGGUAAAAAACCUGGAAGAAGUAAAUGACUCAAUUAUUA